AUGGGAUUCACUGCUCCUGGCAUAAUCACUCUGCCGCUCGAGGCACCAGACACCGGCACACUCAAGAAACUCAUAACAGAUGCAAGAAUGGACGAAAUAAACAGGAGAAUAGCAGAUCUUACAACACUAGGCAACAGAAACCUUGUUGCAUGGCUCAGAUCAAAACGGCAGCAACUAAUAAACACCCAUGCACUCAGUCAUAGCGCCUCUGCUUCAGGAACACUCUUCUCAAGUAAGGUGUACAUCCCUGUCCAGGAAUUUCCAGAGUGCAACUUUAUUGGAUUGAUUCUGGGCCCAAAGGGCUCUACACAGAAGCAGCUUGAAAGAAUCACAAAAUCAAGAAUAUACAUCAGAGGGUCGUACAAAGACAAGCACAUGGAGCCAUUGCACUGUUACAUCACUUCAGAAACCCAAGAGUGCCUUGAAAAGGCAAUUGCUGUCAUAGAAAACCUGAUAGAGGAGUCAGUGCUAUUUGGAGACAACAAUAAACUAAAAACUUUGCAGUUGCAAGCAAUAAACAGCCGCAAAGGCAUCGACAAUAAAUCCAUCAGCCCUUGGAAAAGAUUCUAUUGCUGGUGGAUCUAUCAUAACAAAGCUCGUCAAUAG